UCACCAGUCUACGUCUCUUGAAGCCUUUGACCAUGGCUGAAUCCCUCAAUCUAGCCACAAGCAUUCUUGCUAUCCGUCAACUAGCAGCCCAGAUCACGCAACUCAGUUACAGCUAUGCCUGUGUGGUCAACAACCCGCCGAAGACACAGAAACGGUUUCUCUGGGAAGUCUCUACCCUUGUGGAGGUGCUGUUUCGUGUUGAACGCGCCAUGACAGAAACAGAGUCUAUGGGGCUUCUACCGUCAUGUCCAGCGCUGCCGGGUGUUGAUUUCUUCACUGAUUGCCAAACGGAACUUUCAGCCCUUUAUUCCGAGUUACAAAAGCGAAAUUCAAGGUUCUUGAUGCCAUUUCAAGAUCGAGAACUACAGCAACAUAUUGACACGCUUCAUAAAUUCCGGACGGUUUUCACAGAAUUUAUAUCCUCAAGUAUCUUGCACGUACUGCACUGGUAAGGUCUCUCAAGAUACUAUACUAAUUGGAUUGGACAGUGUGACGGCUAACUCGCCGUUGGGUGAAGGUGAAAAACGAAAUUUCCGGGCCCUUCUAAACUAUAGCAGCUUACAUUGUUGGAACAGAGCAGGAUCGGACCAUAUUGCUCUCACUGGUUCCCUUGACAGAUAUUCCACUUCGACAGAAGCCAACCCCUUACCCAGGAACAGGAAGGUGGUUUUUAGAAAGCAAUGCAC